AUGUCCUCAGGGUCAGGGUUCGGGGGCUUCCCCCCGGGAAUCACCGAUGACGACGAUGAUAACAACCACCCUUGGGUCUGGGUUAUGAUUCCCGUCGGCCUCGUUAUUGUCCUGGGCGCUCUGGCCCUCUGUCUUCACGUCCGCCGGCGCAAGCAAUUCGUCGAAAAACGCAAAAGUUAUCGUGUCCCCACCCCAGCAAGACGACCAUCUGCCAAUCAUACAUCAACAAGUCAUAGCCGUGACGGGCAGACUCACUUCGGAGUUCGCGAGGUUGAUGGCCCUUCGUUGGCGUUGAUCGAGCGUGAUCUUCAGGAGUCUUGGGUGCGCGGGGCGCCGACACAGCGACAUAACAAUACUGGUUCGAGAUCUGGAACCGGGGGCGUGGCAUGGGGUAGUUCUCGACCGGCGGCAAUAAGGAGAUGGGACUGGGCAGGCCUCUUCAGGCCUGAGGAAGGACUGAACGAGCUGGGUGAGGCGCCACCGCCAUAUGAGAAGCAGCCGGUUAUGAAAGAAGGCAGCGAUGUUGAUCUUGAAGAGGGUGGGAAUAGUUACCAUGGCUAUGGAAUCGAAACGCCGGCUGGUCCAGCAGGGUCCGCCGUCGGAGAAGGAGCCAGCAGUGCUGCGCACGCCGGUGUAGAAAUGCGAAACAUGGCUUCUUGGAAUUACCGUGCGGGCACCUUCUCACAACAAUCUCUAUCGUCGGCACCGUUGGGAUCACAGGCAAGUCUACAGCCACCCCCACCGGUACAUUACUACCAGCACAACGGAUCGGGGAUUCACAGCCAGAGCCAUCCGAAUCAACCAGGAUAUAGUAGUGCUGGUACCAGCCUGUUGAGUGCCAGCGUGACCCAGAGCGCCGCAACCACUGCGCCGACGUCUCCAAGCUUGACCAGGUAUCCCUCCCCCAGUCCGGGACACAGUACCAUCCACAGCCCGGCGCCCGAAAUGACAGAUCAAGAUCAUGUACCACCACCUGCAUACGAAGAGACGCCUCCCUUAUCGAUAAUGGGAACGGGGACCAACACUCCAUCACGGGAGCCUACUAAUGGGGGAGCAAAUUCGGAGCAGCUUGACGAGCCUGCUGCUGCUGCUGCUGUAGCUUCUUCGGUUUCUUCUCCCGUCCCCGCUUCCGCCUCUCCCGCUUAUGAGGCGGCGGCAGUCAUUUCCGCGCCAGCCCCAGGGACAGCUUCUCCCUCCCCUCCCUCAUCUGGAUCCGGCCCUUCUAACAAUGGCAAUAAUAACGCCACCGUUACACAUCAGUCCCCAUCACCGUCUGCUGUGCCACUACCUUAUUAA